GAGCGAAGUGUCUUUACUGAAGUGGUAAGAAACCUUAGUAAAUCUAUGGUUCCGCCCAAUGGUUCCGCCAUGUGGCUGCGGCUGCAGAUAGACCCUUCUCUCUCCUCCGCUUGUUUUCCCGGAAGCGGAAGUCGUCUUUCAGGAUAGAGCGAUCGCAGCGGCGCCGCCGGUUGGUUGGUUGCUUCGGUGACACUUGUCGUUGCCUCGGACUCUAACCGUCAUCGUUCAGCUCGGCCCGGGCCCGGUGUGGGGUUGGGCGAGGUCGGUGCGCUACCUAUCCCUGGUUGCUUUUGUACGGCGAAAACAUAAUGGCGGCCGCGGAUCCCCGGUGCUCGAGUGACGGCGGGCCGGCCAGCAGAGGAGGAUUCUCGGCCGGGGAGAGCAGCAACGACCGCGACGGGCCGGGCGGCGGCGGGGAGGGCGACCGGGACCGGGACCGGGCCACCUUCGAGUGCAACAUCUGUCUGGACACUGCCCGGGACGCGGUCAUCAGCAUGUGCGGCCACUUGUUCUGCUGGCCCUGUCUUCAUCAAUGGCUGGAGACGAGGCCCAGCAGGCAGCAGUGUCCGGUGUGCAAAGCAGGAAUCAGCAGAGAGAAAGUUAUCCCACUGUACGGCAGAGGGAGCUCCAGCCAAGAGGACCCCAGGUUGAAAACGCCACCUCGGCCUCAGGGACAGAGAACAGAACCGGAGAGCAGAGGCGGGAUGUUCCAGGGUUUCGGGGACACCGGCUUCCACAUGUCUUUUGGCAUCGGUGCUUUCCCCUUUGGCUUCUUCACCACAGUCUUCAACACCAACGACCCCUUUCACACAGCAGAUCAGUUUGCAGGUGAUCACCAGGGCAAUGGUAACCUCAACAACGGCAAUAACAACUGGCAAGACUCCCUCUUCCUGUUCGUGGCCAUCUUCUUCUUCUUCUGGCUGCUGAGCGUGUGACAGAGACUCGACGGAUGGACGAGUGGAAGUGGAUCAACAGGAGGGAGGAGUGCAAAAAAAACUAACUAAAACGUUAAGAAAAAAAGAACCUCACUCACUUAGCUCGAGACACACACACACACACACACACACACACACACACGCUACAUUUUCUAGCAGGUAUUAAACUUAGGAAAAGAGUGUUGCGGUGUGUUUGAUCCCAAAACAAGAUCUACAGGAAUUUGACUUUCUCCUCUUCCUACUCCUGGAAAAGGCAGAUUCGCUUUAGGGAAACUCGUACCCCGACCUCCUGCUUCUUUUAUUGUUUAUGCAAGAAACACUCGCUGAGAAGUAGUGUUGCAUGAAAGCCAAAUUAAGUCCUGUUAGCCCUCCCUCUCUACACACACACACACCUGUAGAUAUAUGCACACAGUAAAGUAAAAGGUGGACACUAGUGUAAAGAGGUUCGGAGACAGUAUUAUGUGAGUGAGGUGGAAACGUUUUUCUUUUUGGUGUAUUGCAGAAAAUUGGCGAGUGGAGAAAAAUUCCUUACACGGCGAGAGGGAGGCACGUUUUGGAAAAUUUGAGUGGUAUGAGCUAGCAAAGUUGUUGCUAUAGCAACUAUUUCUUACUAACCCAAAAAGGCCAAAGAGUAGCAGAUCAGUCUCACACACACGAUGUCGGAGAGUGUAAAUGUAAUUUGAUUGUUCCCGUUUUACAGCUUCCUCAUGAAAAAAUGAUCGAGUACUAGCAAUUUGUGACAGACUUACAGGUAGACAUAGCACAGAUGGGUUCAUUUUUAUAUACUUAUGUCUUAACAAAAAAACUGCCAUUGCACUGUGAAGUCAUUUGUAGGUGGCGAUGCCGAGGUUGUGCCGGUGCUGAACCACGUGUUGCUAGAAGCUGAAGAGACGUGAAGGGGGGGUUGUGCCGAUCAGCGCCCAGUUUGGGAGAUUCUUUUAUCAACACGAGAGAAGAAAAAAUAAAUCACAGAUACAGUUUGCAGAUUGUCGAGAGAGAAAAAAGCUCUGGCUUGUAAAGUAGCUUGAUGAAUUGCUACACAAACGCGUCGCCAUCAUUCGACGGGUCGUGGCGGUGAAAGGGUCGGCACACGACAGUUUCACUAACUGAGCCCCCAGUGUGGUGAUAACAUGUGAAACACCUCUUUCCUUUUCUUUUCCCCUGAUUGUAUGUGUCUGAGUGAGUGUGUACAUUAUAUAUUUGUAUAUAUGAAUAUUGUAAAUGCCAUUUUUACGUGUGAGCGAGAGGGAGGUGGUCGACGACGCCGCCGCGUCAAAUGCUUUUGUAAAGCGAGAAACCUCCUGGUCCCUGUAACUCCUGCGUUUGAUCCUUUGCAAAAGUUCUCUCUCAUAAAAGAUGAAUAAAUGUCACGAGCACAAAAUAAAAAUAAAAAGGUUUGUCCUUCCCUGUCAA